AUGAAAUUAUUCUUAAUAUUCAUAAUAUCUGCGUAUUGUAAAUUGGCCUCUAAUGAGACUAAUGGCAACAAUACAGAUCAUGAGGAGAAGAAAUAAUUAAUGGAUGAUUGGGAAGGGUAGAUGGCUGACUUCAUUCCAGAUGACAUGUUAUCAUUUGAGUUAUAAAAGGGAGAAGUGGAAAUCUUGGAAUAAUACAUUAAACACCCAACUAAUAUCAGAGGAGCAUUCUUUUUAUCAAUUAUGAACAAGGACAAAAUUGAUUUCAGUAUCAAAGAUCCAAGAGGAAAGAUUAUUGACAAUAAGUAAUAGAAGAAAGAAGCCGUUUUUUCUGUAAAUAUCACCAAUCCUGGAAACUACAAAUUUGUGUUCAGCAAUGCAAAUGGGAAAAGCAAUCAUGUAGUUACUUUUGCAAUUGAUGUUCGAAAUGCUACAUAUGAGCAUAUAAAAGAAGCAGACCUAGAUCCAGUUUAGAAAAAGCUCUCUAGUUUAUAUACUGGACUAAAUGAUCUAAUGUUUGACACUAAAUUCUCAUAAUAAAAAAGGGAGGGAGGAUAUCAAUUUCUGAGGGAUAACAAUAACAAGUAUUUCAUUUACACUAUUGUUGAAACUUUAAUUAUAGUGUUUGUUAGUAUAUGGCAGGUAUUUUAUAUAAAAAGAAUUAUUGGAGUGCAACGUAAAUUUGUUUGA